AUGUCGCAGAAUGGGGCACUUCCAAGACGACGCCAAAGGAGACACAAUCUUGGCAUGGUCACACUCUGGCUGCUCGGAUCAGGUGGGGUCUUUGCCCUGUGGCCACGAGGUCGCGACUUGGCACGCGCUGCCUUGCGGACACGCAUGGCCGACGCUCCCAGAGAAACGAUAGAGAGGCAAGAUGAGUUGCCGUCAUCUGAGAGGGUGAGGCAGUUGCGGAGUCGCAUUGCCUCCCUAAGAGCCCAGAUGGUCAAACAGCGCCGGGAGAUUGAUGCUCUGACAAAGGAGCUGAUCACGGAGGAGUUGCGGUGUGCUAGUCAGGCAUCAGAGGAGGGAGAGGAGAAACAGAUCCUGAACCGAUUGUUCAGGUCACUGGGUGUUUUGGUUCACACAGCUUGGAAGAACGGUGAUCCAGUGUCCUUUGUAUACAACCAGACAGGCACAGCAAUACGUGUUGCUGGAGAAACAGCCGCAUCAGGUGAGCUGAUCCGUGAUGUCCUUCCUAACGCACCUACCUUGUUGAGCUACGCACCAGGCCUCUAUGCACAUGCGAGUCGCCUGGAUCGGCACUUGCCACAAAUCCUCUCGGUACUGGACGGCUACCUUCCGAUGGUGGAACCACACUUGGAUGUACUUAUUGAAAGGUUCGAUGACAUUGAGCCUCAUUUGGAAUUCUGCCUGGAGCACGCGGAUGUGGUGGUCCCACACCUCAACGAGAUUGUUGAAUACUUGGACGACAUUCUCUUCUUCGCCCGGGAACGCGUGCUCUGGACACGGCUGGAGCCACUCUUGCCACAGCUGGUGGUGCGACUUCCAGCCUUGGGGCCGCACCUGCCUAAUUUGCGAAGGCAUGCCAAGCUGGUGCUUCCUUAUCUCCCGCUGCUGGCGCAUCAUGCGGAUCGCUUGGCACCCUUCUUGCCCAUCUCGCAGCAUGCGGAUGCGCUUGUGCACUACCUAGGAUGGGCCUUGCAGGUGCCUGGCCUCCAUCGCUUUCUGUAUCUCCCUGGAGUGGGGCGGGCCUUGUCCUACCUCGCUGUGCGGCUUCCAUUCUCAGGUGCUGUUCGCGAGAAGAGCGACAUGCAGCACUUGCACAGAAGCUGUCAAUUGCAUCUUGAUGGAUGUUGA